AUGGGCAAGCUGAAGGAGAAGAUGGGAAGGAUGGCUAAGUCCAUCAAGAGAUUAAAGAAGGAAAUUGCUGAAUUAAAGAGUGGGAACUCUUCACCAACACCAUCUAGUCCUUUGAGGAGGAGUAGCUCAACAAGAGCAUUAUCUAGAGCUGAUCUAGCAAUGGAACCGGCAAGAGCUUUAAUGCAGGAGCCAAUUCAGAGGAGGAGAAGGUCAAGUCGCCCAGAACAACAAUCGGCAAGUCACUCGACCGGCUCACUCGAGCAACCACUCGACCGAGCACCUCCAAUGCACUCGGCCGAGCACUUGCCCAGACCUCCUUAUGGUUUUCCAGCUCCAGUAGGCUAUCCCUUUGGCCAAGCUUACCCUCCCAUCCCUCCCCAAUACUUCAUGGAUCCAGCUCUCUUGCAGCAGUACUACCAGCAGCAAGGCCAACAAUUUUUCCCACCACCACCCAUUCGGCAACCAACUCGACCACGCCACUCGACCGGGCACUCGACCGAGUACCAGUCGAUUGCCAUCAUCGAGUUGCCACCUUCUCCACCUCCAAGUCCACCACAAGACCCCCACUACACAUAUGAAAGCAUGAAUGAGGAUGUGGACAGCUUCUUCCACAAUCCAUGA